ACGACAUCAUCCAGCACGAUCAACUAUCAGGCCUGUCGCAUUAGCUCUUGCAGCAAGGGCGCUGGAGUAAAUCAUGUCGCCAGCUCGUAAAGAUCCCUGCAGAUACCCUAUCCAAGUCAAUGUCUACGAUCUCAUGCCGCCGUCCAAGCUAAGUGCAUUCUUAUGGACAACUGGACUGUCCAUUAAUCACUCUGGCGUAGUCAUCAAUGAGGUCGAAUGGGCGUUCGGCGGACACGAUGUAGAAGGCAUCACAGGCGUAUAUCCAUCACGACCAAAGGAAGUGCCCGAAAAUGCAGUCUACAAGUGUACAAUUGACGUGGGCAUCUGCUUGCUAUCGCUCAAGGAGAUUGAGGCAAAACUGGAGCGCAUCAAGAAGGAGUUUACAGGACCAUCGUAUAAUCUACUCACCAACAACUGCAAUCACUUUGUCCAACGCGUAUGCGCAGACUUGUGCAGCUCAAGCCCACCUGCAUGGAUAAAUCGCAUAGCAGGGAUUGGUGCUAUGAUGCCGCUGUGCGUGUCAGAAGCAUGGGUUGCCCCGCCAGUCGCGGACCCGGAUGCAGAAUGGAACGAGCAUGACGAUGAUCACACACGCUUACUGCCACCUAGUGAAGUGGCGCCUAUGCAAGCCAAACCGAGUCGACCCCAAGCCAGAGACGAACCGCAUGGGCGAGUGUCAUUCUCGCGGACGGUGUCAGAGUAUACUGAUUUGGACAACGAUGAGGCGUUAGCGGAUCGUGACUUGACGUCUGCAUCUGGAGGUUUCAGAAUUGAUGUUGGCAGUCGCUGAGGCGCUUCAACUUCUGUUGUACAAUAGCAUUUUGUGCCUUUAGCUCUGGCGUUGUUCUAAUCAAUACUUUGCGA